AUGUGUAGGACCUCCUGCAAAUGCUUUCCGUCACGCUUGGUAUGUUUAUGUUCGUUGGCAAAUUUCAUAAAUGCAGCUGAUCGCGUUCUGAUGCCAAUCGCUAUUCUUGGCUUGGCGAAAGAAUACGGCUACAGCUUGUACCAGCAAGGAUGGAUCUUAAGCGCAUUUCCAGCCGGCUACAUCAGCAGUCAGAUCGCAGGCAGCUGCGCUGGUGCCCAGUUUGGAGGUCAUCGUCUGUUGGCCUUCAUCGUGUUCAUGUGGUCAGUCAGUACCCUUGUGACGCCGAAACUGCCUUCCCUGUACUCUUUACUUAUUGCGAGAGUUGUAUUGGGCAUCGGAGAAGGACUUGGUAUGGGUUGCUUACUGUCAGUUAUGUUUAUUUUACCUAUUCGACUCUAG